AAACCGUGCUGCGGUGUCUCUGUUUGCUGGAGGGGGAGACCAGCCGCAACCGUUCCCCGUGUCGAAGGGGAAACCGCGCUUCAAACGCUCCUGGUACAGUGACCAUGGUGAUAGGACUGCGUCUGCCGUGUAAUCGAUGACUCAGUCUGAUAGCGCUGUACAGACGUGAACCGGUGUCCGUGUUUGUGCCAUGAGGGAUGCAACGGCUUGUGAGGAAGCAGGCGGGGAGAUGGGCUUCAGACGAGGGCUGCUCUUUGGGACGAGCAGCCUGGCGGGCUUGACGUCGGGAUCUAAAAAGUAGAUCUGUGACUGUUGGAUAUUCCCCACCGGUGGGCUGAUGACCUCGCACCUUGGGCAGCAGGAGUGCAGCUGGGAGACCGAGGAGCCACGCUGGGAGGACCCUCUCCGCAGGAUGUUCUCUCCACCAAAGAACUCCCUGUAACAGGCGAUGAUGACAAUCCCGGCGAGACCUUGGAAAGCACUAACAUUUCAGUAGCCCAGCACCCGUGGGUGGCCGUUUACCCCUCCUUCUCCACGCCCCGCCCUCCCAUCGCUCACCGUGAUGGUGUAUUAACCAAGAAGAACCCUGCUUCUUUUCUCCUCACCCCUCAACUUUCGGCAGCUCUGGGAUUUGUAUGGCAGCAGCGUAACCGUGGAGAGGCCGGGGUAUCACAAACUUAUGGAUUUUGAUAAGAGAGGAGGGAAAGGGGAGCUGGAGGAAGGUAAAAGGAUGUCCAAGACAGGUGGAGGAAGGAGCAGUCAUGGAAGCCGGAGUGCUGGAACCAACUCGGGAGUCUUAAUGGUGGGUCCCAACUUCCGGGUCGGCAAGAAGAUUGGAUGCGGCAAUUUCGGGGAGCUCCGUCUAGGAAAGAACCUCUACACGAACGAAUACGUAGCUAUCAAAUUGGAACCCAUAAAAUCCCGGGCCCCCCAGCUGCACCUGGAGUAUCGGUUCUACAAACAGCUCGGCAAUGCAGAAGGAAUUCCUCAGGUUUACUACUUUGGCCCCUGCGGGAAGUACAACGCCAUGGUGUUGGAGCUGCUAGGACCCAGCCUAGAAGAUCUCUUUGAUCUGUGUGACCGGACCUUCACGCUCAAGACCGUCCUGAUGAUCGCAAUCCAGCUGAUCACACGGAUGGAGUACGUCCACACCAAAAGCCUAAUCUACAGAGAUGUCAAGCCAGAGAACUUCCUGGUGGGGCGGCCGGGCAGCAAGCGGCAGCACACCAUCCACAUCAUCGAUUUUGGCCUGGCCAAAGAGUAUAUUGACCCUGAGACCAAAAAACACAUCCCCUACCGAGAGCACAAGAGCCUGACAGGGACAGCACGCUACAUGAGCAUCAACACCCACCUCGGGAAAGAACAAAGCCGCAGGGACGACCUGGAAGCAUUAGGGCACAUGUUUAUGUACUUCCUCCGCGGGAGCCUCCCUUGGCAAGGCCUCAAGGCUGACACGCUAAAGGAGAGGUAUCAGAAGAUCGGCGACACCAAAAGAGCUACUCCGGUGGAGGUGCUCUGUGAGAACUUCCCAGAGGAGAUGGCCACGUACUUGCGCUAUGUGCGGCGGCUGGAUUUCUUCGAGAAGCCCGACUACGACUAUCUGCGGAAGCUCUUCACAGACUUGUUCGAGAGGAAUGGUUACGUG